AUGUAUUUGCCAGAUCAGACUACAAGCGAUGUAAAAGACGUCCCAUUGACACAACCUCACUAUAAGCGGCUAGUGGAUUAUGAAAAUCGACCGUUCAUCAAUCCCAACUUCAAAUGGCUUAUUGCCUGCGUUCCUAUUGCCACCGUGAUUAUAUUAAUGAUUUGCCUACGAAUUCGCAAGUCCCGUAUGGCAAACAAAGGUGCAGCUCCACCGUCCGAAUCGGAAUACGUGGAUGAAGCUCCUGAAUCCGAACCUACUGUCCAUCAGGGUGAUGGACUGGAUGGCCCUGAAACUCGGAGUAAUGGAUCUUUUGGGCAAACGUUACCAUUGUGGAACAUUCGCUCAAGCUCACUAUCUCCGAUUCACGCUCUACCACCACCUGCAUAUGUAAGAUAUUCACCGGAUCCUCCUAAAUAUGAAGAUAUCAUUGGAUCGGACGACGUACCUUUAGCGCACUGCCAAAGCCGUCUUUUAGGGCUGACGGGUUAA